CGCCGUGUCCGGUUUCUGUGGUUGUUCCUGGGAAGAAUUGUGUGUUGUUCGUGCUCCACACUGCUCGGUCGGUACGGGUAGUAAAAUGUAGCUAAGGUCGGAAAUGUUCGUCAGGGGUGGAUGAGAGGAGAGGAAAAGGGGAGGCACCUGUGAGACGGAGCAGGUCAGCCUACCGCGGUGUCAAGUUUACGUUAAUCCCGGCGAGGUACAGUUUCAGACAUAUUUGUCAAGCGCAGGAGUCAUCAUCGGUUCAGCGCCAGCCUCUGCUCCGUGGGACAUUAGGAAUACGUUUUGUUAUCACGGACUUAACGUGUGAGGUGAGCUGUGACUACCCCCUUCUUUGUCUCUCCGUACACCUGCAUGUACUGUGGGCAGCCCUGGCCCUUCGGAGAGGCGCUGUGCUCAGAGACUGUGCUGCACUAAAAGAACCCAUGGCUUCUGGCACUCCAUGUCCCUCUGUAGGCCGCAGGCUCAGGCUUCUGGAGUUGCUACUCGGGCCUUUGUUGGUCUUGCUGGUCUCUGGGCUGAGACCAGCACUGUGUCAGAAGGUCUACACCAACACAUGGGCUGUCCACAUACCUGGAGGUCUGGAGGAAGCUGAUCAAAUUGCCAGUAAACAUGGGUUCAUAAAUCACGGACAUGUAUUUGGUGAUUAUUAUCACUUCCGGCAUCGUACAGUGGUGAAAAGAUCGCUAUCGGAUCAUAGGGGGACACAAGUCCGUCUUUCAAGAGAUCCCAAGGUGACUUGGGCCGAGCAACAAGUGUCAAAACGGAGAAAAAAGAGGGAUGUUUUUGCAGAACCGUUAGAUCCCAAGUUCAGAGACCAGUGGUACCUGUACAACAGCAACCACCGUGACUUGAAUGCCAAAUCUGCGUGGCAGUUGGGCUACACAGGUAAAGGUGUGGUGGUGUCCAUCCUGGAUGAUGGAAUAGAGAAGAACCAUCCUGACUUAAUGCAGAACUAUGACCCGGAUGCCAGCUACGAUGUGAAUGAUGGUGACCCAGAUCCUCAGCCUCGAUACACACAGCUAAAUGACAACAGGCAUGGAACACGAUGUGCAGGAGAAGUGGCGGCAGUAGCCAACAAUGGGAUCUGUGGAGUCGGUGUGGCCUACAAUGCCAAGAUUGGGGGUGUGCGAAUGCUGGACGGCGAGGUGACUGACAUGGUGGAGGCCCAGUCCCUCAGUCUGAAUCCCCAACACAUCGACAUCUACAGCGCCAGCUGGGGCCCAGAGGAUGAUGGCAAAACUGUCGACGGACCUGCCAAACUCGCAAAAGAAGCUUUUCUGCGUGGAGUUACAGAGGGUCGUAGUGGUUUGGGCUCCAUUUUUGUGUGGGCUUCUGGAAACGGCGGGAGGGAGAAGGACAGCUGUAACUGCGACGGCUACACCAACAGCAUCUACACCCUGUCCAUUAGCAGCUCCACCCAGAACGGCAACGUCCCCUGGUACAGCGAGGCUUGCUCCUCCACCCUUGCCACCACCUACAGCUCAGGGAACCUCAACGAGAAACAGAUAGUGACGACAGAUCUCAAAUCAAAAUGCACAGACUCUCACACAGGCACGUCUGCCUCCGCUCCGCUGGCAGCUGGGAUCAUCGCACUUGCCCUUGAGGCCAAGUAAUAAAACCUGACUUGGAGGGACAUGCAACAUCUGGUCGUACGAACUUCUCACCCUGCCCACCUGCUCACCAACGACUGGAGAACCAAUGGUGUUGGGCGCAAAGUUAGCCACUCAUAUGGAUACGGUCUACUUGAUGCCAGUGCAAUUGUUGCGCUAGCAGAAACUUGGACCAGUGUGAGGCCACAACGGAAAUGUGUGAUCACCAUGGUCUUUGAGCCAAGGAACAUUGGCAGCCAUUUGUUGAUUAACAAGACUGUGGACGCCUGCAUCGGGACAGACAGCCACGUGACUUCAUUAGAGCAUGUCCAGGCACGGCUCACCCUGUCCUACAACCGCAGGGGGAACCUGGCAAUCCACCUCAUUAGUCCUUCUGGCACACGCUCCACUCUGCUCCACCCCAGGCCCCAUGACUACUCGUCAGAAGGAUUUAACGACUGGGCUUUCAUGACCACCCACUCCUGGGACGAGAACCCCACCGGGGCGUGGACACUGGAGAUUGAGAACGUGGCAGGUGCCAGUGACUAUGGCACACUGACCCAGUUCACCCUGGUGUUGUAUGGCACCGCCUCAGCAUCUUCCAGCUCCUCUGACAAGGCUCAGCCUGGCAGUGACAACUGUAAGACCUUGGACCUGAGGCAGAUAUGCAUCGAGUGUAAUGCCGGCUACUACCUCUUUAAGCAAGGCUGUGUGAAAGAAUGUCCAGCAGGCUUCUCAGUGGGCUCCCAGCUGCUCAACUACACAGUGGGAAACUUUAUACCACCAGCAUCCGUCCCAGCCUGCCUGCCCUGCCCACCGCCCUGCCUGACCUGCAGCAGCCUCAGCCCUCAGGCCUGCCUAUCCUGCCCCCCCCACAGCUCCCUGGACUCCAUCUCCGGCACCUGCCUGCACCUUAACCAGUACAUGCGCGAGUCCCCUGGCAGCUUUACAGUGGGCCAGGGGAACCCGGGAAUGCAGCCCCAGCUCAACUCUCGGCUGCCCAUCACCGUCGCCGUGCUAAGCUGCAUGGCCAUCAUUGCUACCUUCGCUGGCACCUUCCUGUUGCUGCAGCUGCGCUCAGGCGCACUUCUCAAGAUGCCGUCUCUGGAGGCUGGCAGCGGCCUCGGGGGCAGUUUCGGCCUCGGGGGAAAUAGGGUGGUGUCGUACCGCGGCAUUCCGACAGUGUGGGGGGAUGAUGGGGUAAAUACAGACUCUGAAAACGAAGAGUUUGACGUCCAAAAUGAGAGGACUGCCUUCAUCAAAACACAAAGUGCUCUUUAAUGCCUCCCCCACAUCCAUCUCUCUCUCUCUCGCUUUUAAAGUCUUCUCACCCUCAUUUGUCUGAUAUUUCAGGGCUGUGCUAACUGCCCUCUCACAGUUUUUUCUAGUUUUAUUUCGCUUCACUUUUUUUCCUGGCUCUGUCUAACCAGGUUCUGCUGUGGGAGACCUGAUGGUAAGCCGUUGUCUGUCAGAGCUCGGGAUGGUCCGAGCUUGGCUCUGUUCACACUUGGGCGCUUUUCUAUUAAACUGGCUCUUUCCCUCCUCUUGCCCUCAAUCACUAACAGUGUCUGUUUGUGUGUACAGAGUCCAUUUCCCCCUUGAGCUCUUUUUUUUCUUUUUUCUUUUUUACAGUAAACAAAGGAUUAUUAUUUGCGUCUUUUUCCCCACUCUUUCCAUUAGUGCAGUAGCCAGAUGAGAUUGUUAAAUGUGCGGAGUAAAGAUGUGAGUGUGAAUGUAAGCGUGAAUCUGAUGAACAAUGUACUGCCCUUUUAUAGAGAAGCUAAAGCUGGUCCUGUCACAUUUAGUACUCUAACUUAAAAGUGAAAGCAAAAUUGUAUUACGAGGCAUGAAAUCGGAUUAAGAAACAUUGAUACUCUGAGUGUAGUUUAGUGACAUCAACGUCCAAAAGCUGUUCAUAAAAGUACCACUUAUCCGUUGUGAGUCACAGUGUGUUAAAAAAAUGCACAAAUCAACAGCAUAAUAGUUGUCAUGGAAAUGUCCAGACUUUAAUGGUUUAAGACAAACAAAACAGACUGUCUGAGAUCUUCUCAGUUGUCUUUCUAUUUAUGAGACAUUAUUUUGUAUUUACUUUCAGCAAAAUCCAUCUUUCAAACAGUCUUUUUUAUCUGUAUAGUUUUAGUUCUAGGUGGGAGAGGGGGCUUUAGUUACACUCAAUCUGGAAAGAUCUCUCUUAGCUCUGGCAGAACAAACUGAGUUACAAAACUUGCGAAUCUUCUUCAGCCACUCGAGAUUCAAGAUGUAUCCCGGUUUAGAAACUAUAUGUUCUCCUGCACUCAUCCCCUCCCCAGCCAUCACUUGGAUUGGUAUCAAAAGAGUCAGAUAAAUAAAGAUAAUUAAAAAACA